UUGGCUGUUCACACUCAAUCGUUUUCUAAUCUUUGUAACCGAAUCACAAAAAUAAAUCAAACAAAGUCACCGUAUCACCUAUUAACAAAACGUUGUUUAAAUUAAAUGCCAAACUUUUUAAUAAGAUGUCAAUUGAGGAAUGGCUAAAUCAAAGCAUCCCGGAAAAUACGAGCACCUCUAAGAUGUCUACAGUCGCUGUAAGUAGUACAGAGAGAAGUACUGUUGGACAAACUGAAAAAAAUACCAUCAGUAAUAAUACUAGUCCUUCUGCAGAGCACACAGGUUACUGCUUCAGCUGUCCAAUUAAAAGACAACUUUCCUGGAAGCAUUCUUAACACGUGGUAUUGCAACGCUGAGUCGCAUGGAAGCUGUCUCGCUCUCUCUCUCUUCAUUUCGCAGUACUAGUGACACCGGUUUAAAAUUCAAUUUCUGCAAGUAUGCCAUAUGAAUGAUACUUGUUUGUUGUUGUUUUUUGUACACUCUUAGUAAAUAAAUGGUACAAUUAAGUUUUAAAACAAACAGCAUUUAUUUAACAACAGGUUUUAUAGACUGGCAUAAACAUGCAUGCACAAAUGUGACCGCAAAGUUACUUUUUUCCAAAGGAUUUACUCAUAAGGGCAGUACAGUUCUUAUUAGAGCUACCGUAUCGUACUUAAAAAGCGCUUAUCCCUAUGACGAAGGUACUUAAGUAAAAACAAGAUUAAAAGCAAUUACAUGAAAUACCAGCGCAGGCAGGCGUUUGAAAAAUGACAUAGCACACAUCAUCACCCCGUUAAAUACACCAUUCAGAUCGACGCUGAAGUGGAAUAGAAUUGUAACAUUACACAUAGCGGUAUUUCAAAUUAGCGUGACGAUAAAUGCAUUUGUGUUGGUUAACACCACUGCAUACAUACCAUGUGACAACUUCAACUUCUGCUAUGACACAACCGCUCCAGACCGCAGUAAUGCCCUAUUGGAGAGAACAAGGAGGAGCUAAUCUAGUAUUUGCAGAGACUCUUGAUCUGCAACAGCCAGUCUCAAAAUCAGAACAGAGGUAAAGUAUUUCAAUGAAUACGUAAAGGAAAUGUAUGUAGUUCAUAUGCAGUUUGUUGUGUGUUUUUGCACAUGUAAUCUUUAACGUUUUUUUUCCGUGUCUUUCUGUAUAUUGUUUCCCAGUAUUAAAUAAAACGAAUGGCACUGGAUACAAUAUAGACCAAUUACGUAAACUUUAGAAACUGCCAUUUGUAAUUACACAUGUUAAAGUAAAGGCUCUUUGUUAGAGUAAGUAAACAUGCAGUAUGUUUCAUGUGAGUGGCAGCGUGCGACAGUCGGGCAGUCUGAACAGUGCACUGUUCAAGAUACAGUACAUUCUCGCGAGUGAAGUGUUGUAUUGCAGACUAAGUGGGUCAGAUUUAUAAAGGCUUUAAAACCGAUUUACCUUGGCUGUGUUACAAAGUUCUGUGCUGUCGUUUGUAGCUUAAACUAAUUUUCAGCUUUUAAAUAAGGUGUUUAAUUUGCGUAACAAAUUCACACGGAAGUGUGUUUUACACCUUGCAUGGCUUUAAUGUAUUGUUCUCAACACUGUCUUCAUUUAUCCAGGAAAGCAUAAGAUGACAAAGAAACUGUUGAUUGAUGUUGACUGCGGUGUGGAUGACGCCCAGGCGAUAAUGAUGGCCCUGGCAGCUCCCGAUGUGCUGGUCUUGGGGAUAACCUGUGUUCAUGGAAACACAUCCAUUGACAAUGUCUGCAAAAAUGUGCUCAGAGUUCUCAAAAUUUGCAAGAGGCUUGAGAUUCCUGUGUUUCGUGGUGCUUCUGUGCCGAUUCUUUCCGACUCCCUGAAUGCCGGCCAUUUCCAUGGGGAGGAUGGCUUGGGUGACUUUCCAGAUCCGGAGGCACCGGGAUUGGACCUGAUCCAAAAGGAACGAGCAGUGGAGGCCAUGAUAAGGAUCGUCACUGAACAUGAGGGGCAGGUCUGUCUUGUUGCUACUGCACCGUUGACUAACCUUGCUCUGGCAGUAAAGAUUGAUCCAGGUUUUCCUGAGAAACUGAAGAGUCUUUUUAUUAUGGGAGGAAACAUGGAAUCGAGAGGAAACACCACAGUCUGUGGAGAGUUUAACUUUACAGCAGAUCCAGAAGCGGCCUACAUCGUCUUGAACGAUUACGUGUGCCCUACACACAUUGCCACGUGGGAAUACACUUAUCAUCACAAACUCCCCUGGGGUUUCUGUCGUAGUUGGAUGGACCAGAACACAGAAAAAGCCAGAUUCAUGAAGAACAUCUUUGCCUACAGUAUGGAGGUGGCAAACAGCGGUAGGAUUAAAAAGGAGAUGAUUGGUGGUGAUGGUUUUUUGUCUUGUGACUCCUAUGCCAUGGCUGCAGCUAUUGAUGAAAAAGUUGUUACGGAAUAUAUCGAGUGUCCAGUAUCUGUGGAGCUGUCAGGAAAAUUAACCAGAGGGAUGAUGGUCCUAGAUACCCUGGAUCUAUUUAAGAAGAAGCACAAAGCCUUUGUUAUGAAAAAAUGUGAUUUAGAAAAGUUCCAAUGUCUGCUAAUGGCAGCCCUGAAGUGACUAGUUUUCAUUGAAUUCUUCAUCUAGUCCUUUUGUAAGAAUGCAUGAAAAGUAAUGUCAGAAGUGUGGCCAUAUUGAUUAUUUGGCAAUUCAAAUCUAUUUUUAACAGAUUGAUUGUUUUCUUUUGUAUUUGGGCAUCUAGUGUAAUUGAAGUUAACACAGUAAUUCCACAAAUCAUAGCCAUUGAUGUACUUCCAUUAGCUACAUUGGUGCAGUUUUAAAAGAAACGUGUCUUUUAACUUUAAAACAUGGUAUAUUACUUUCAGUUACAGGGAGCUUUCCUUGUCUAUUCUCGGGUUACCGGAUUGCACCGAUAAUCAUUUCACUCCAGCAGCGUCUUUUGGGUCACAGCAUGUUACUGGCUGAAAGCAUGUCAGUCAAUAGGGGAAGCAGCUGAUUGGUUAUUGACAGAAAAGCCUGUGAAGGGGUGGCAACAACAUAGUCUAAGCAUGGCUUGUAAACAGUUGUCUUCAAUCUAUUGAAGUACAGAUACCAUGUUUUGAAAUUAAAAUGUUUACUGCAAUGUGUUUCUUUCAAAACUACACAUUUACUGACUUUUUUUUUUGUUUUUACUAUAUAGCAUAUACUAUGGAUUUCACUAUAUUUUAAAGUUUUAUGGAUUUUCUUGUUGAAGAUACUGCAUCUUCUAAAGCACUUUGUGAUGGUGGUCUACUAUGAAAGCCACUAUAUAAAAUCAAGACUGAUUAUGGACUAUGAAAGAACCAGUUGAAGAUUAAAGACCUGUUUGUAAUUGCACUACAGUAGUUGCUGAGACAACGUAACCUGAAACAUUUCAGCAAAAGGAUUACUUAUUUGGCAUAUGUGGGCCAUUUGAAAUAAUGUACUUUAUUUUAUAUACAUUUUAGAUCUUUAAAACGUUUUUAAUAAGUAUUUUUUUGUUUUGC